CCUCGUCGCGUCUCUGCCAUCCGUAACACUCACCACUCGUAAGCCCCAUUCCAAAUUCCCGACCUUUCUGCGUGGGCGCCAAGCAGCUGCAAGAACAAAUCGUGAUAGUGAUUUAGAGUUUUGUGCAAACGGAUGAUUUAGUUUAAUACGAGGUAUUACUCAAGUGCCGUUGAAAAUGAGUGAAAGUGCCAGCUCCACUUGCUCGAAGGAUCGGGCGAAGCCGGUGGAAACCCUGGUCUUGGCCAACUACGCCCUGAAAGCCGAGCAGAAGAAGGCCCAAGGACAAGGUGGCCGCAAGGAGGACGAGCGCAUCACCACGGCGGUGAUGAAGGUCCUCGAGGGCUACGACUGGAAUCUGGUCCAGGCCUCAGCCAAGGCGCCCACGGACCGCAAAAAGGAGCACAUCAAGCGCCCCAUGAACGCAUUCAUGGUGUGGGCCCAGGCAGCCCGCAGGGUCAUGUCCAAACAGUAUCCGCAUCUGCAGAACUCGGAGCUAAGCAAAUCGCUGGGCAAGCUGUGGAAAAACCUAAAGGACAGCGACAAGAAGCCCUUCAUGGAGUUCGCCGAGAAGCUGCGGAUGACCCACAAGCAGGAGCAUCCGGACUACAAGUACCAGCCGCGGCGCAAGAAGGCGCGCGUAAUGCCCAGCCAGCAGAGCGGGGAGGGGGAGUCUCCGGGUGCAGACAUGGCCAUGUCCACCACAACGGGUAGCUCCGGCAAGCCAAGGAGCAGCAAUGCCAAUGGCCAGAGGCGAGCUGGAAAAUCAAAUGCAGCUGCUCUGGGCGACUGCGCCUCCUCCAUCGCCCAUUCCAAUGUGGGCUCCAGUUCCGCGGAUGUGUUCAGUAAUGAGGCCUUUAUGAAAUCCCUGAACAGUGCCUGUGCGGCCAGCCUGAUGGAGCAGGGCCUCAUCGAAACGGGCCUGGACUCGCCCUGCUCCACGGCCAGUUCACUGUCCUCGCUGACGCCCCCAGCCACGCCCUACAAUGCCGCCCCCUUGAGUGCAAAGGCAGCGGCAGCAAAUAACCCCAGCCUUCUGCUAAGGCAACUAAGUGAGCCGGUGGGCAGUGCUGGCCAUGAUUACGGAGUUCUGCUCGAGGCUGGCAGGGAGUAUGUGGCCCUAGGUGAGGUCAACUAUCAGGGGCAAGCGGCGGGCGUUGGAGUGCAGGGUGGAGCAGCAGCAGGAGGAGGAGCAGGUCAGGAAAUGGACUUCCUGGAGAACAUCAAUGGGUACGGUGGCUACGAGGGCAGUCGGGUGAGCUACCCCGCCUACGCCUACGCCACCAAUGGAGGCCACUUCGGCGGCGAGGAGCAGCCACAGCAGGCGUCACAGGCCAGUGAAGCCUUAAAUUACAAGCCAGCUGCCGCCGACAUCGAUCCCAAGGAAAUUGACCAGUAUCUCAUGGAUCAAAUGCUGCCCAUGACGCAGCACCAUCAUUCGCAUCAUCCGCACCACACGCACCCACUGCACCACCCGCUGCACCACUCGCCGCCUUUGAACUCCUCCGCCUCGCUAUCCUCGGCCUGCUCCAGUGCCAGUUCGCAGCAGCCGGUGGCGGAUUACUACGAGCACUUGGGCUACUCCCCGGCGGCCGCCUCCUCCGCCAGCCAGGUCCCCAACUUCGGCGCCCAGCAGCCGUAUGCCAACGGCUCCGGCUCCCUGACCCCCACCCUGGGUGACCCCGCACCGCAACAGGAGCUGCAGUCCCAGCAGCAGGAGCAGCAACAGCAGCAGCACCAGAAUCCAUCGCAGCAUCAUCUGUGGGGCACUUACACUUAUGUCAAUCCCUAAGCUACUUCAUUUGCACAUUUGUUGUGUUGCACAGAGAGAAAGAAAGUUGGCUUUGAUGCAUCCAAUUGCAGGGUUUCAAAUCACGUCUUUCAAAUGUCAUUCCUAAAUGUGGCACAUUAGGCUUAACUAAUUUGGGAAAAGCUCAUUCCUUUUGUCUAAAUUGGUGCACCAACCUUGCGAAUAUUAUUUAAAUAUUUAUUUCCCACGUUGUUGUAAAUUAAGUUGAAGUAAAAAAAAGUUAGCAAGUUGCACCCGAUUUCUCUCCGUGCACCUGCCCCCUGCACUUCCGUUUCCGCCCCGCUUUAUGGGUCACUUAGAUGGCUUUCGUUUAUUGGUUUAUUGUCUGUGCCCUAUCCGUGUGAGCGUGAGACUAUGCAUGUGUGUGUGUUGCUGGCUCGAGGGUCCUUUUUGGAGAUUCCCUGCAAUUUAAGCUAAUCGCUGCGAUUUUCGUUUAUGGCUGCAUUAUUCCUUUUCCCAUCAAUACGCAAUGCCACUUGCAAGAAUCGAAGAAAAAGAGCCAUGGCUAAACAAUCUAAAUGGAAAUGCAGCAGGGAGUGGCAAGAAUAACGAGUUCAUAGCUAAUUGGAGCAAUAUAAACUAGUAGUUGUAAUUUCUAUUUGUAAGAACGUAAUGUUUAGAAUUGGCAAGUUAGUAUACGAAAAUG